ACGGCCUGCACAACCGAGGACAGCAACCGGACCUGGUGCGCCACCACUUCCAACUAUGACCAGGACAAGGCCUUCAGGUUCUGCUCCGAGGAGGCCUACGGUGGGAACUCGAACGGUCAGCCCUGCUUCUUCCCCUUUGUGUACAAGAAACGCACCUUCCGUGCCUGCACCAGGUUGCAGAGCCACCUACCCUGGUGCGCCACCACAGCAAACUAUGACACGGACCAGCGCUGGAGCUACUGUCCUGACACAAUGCUUGGUGGGAACUCAGAGGAGCCCUGUACGUUCCCAUUCAGCUACAAAGGCAGAUGGUACACAGCUUGUACCAUGGUUGACAGCAAGCGGCUCUGGUGUGCCACCACAAGCAACUACGAAGCGGACCGUAAAUGGAGGUACUGUGGCACGGCAGGAGCAGGGGGAAAUUCAGACAGCUCCCCUUGCGUCUUCCCUUUCAUCUAUAAGGACAAGAUCUACCACAACUGUACGGCAGUCAAUGACCAGAUGGGACGGCCCUGGUGCGCUACCACUCCCAACUACGACAAAGACCAUCUCUGGCGCUUCUGCUUUAGCAGGGCCUAUGGGGGGAACUCAAAUGGCCAGCACUGCAUAUUUCCUUUUGUCUACAAAACUGAGCUAUAUCACAGCUGCACAAACGCUGGAGACAACAUGGGAAAUUUCUGGUGUGCCACAACCCAGAACUACAACCAGGAUAAGCAGUGGAGCUACUGUCCAGAUAUCAUCCUGGGUGGGAACGCAGUAGGAAAGGGCUGUGCUUUCCCCUUCACCUAUAAGAAGAAAAGGUACUACACCUGCACCAGUGAUGGGGAGAGCUCAGGAAAACUGUGGUGCAGCACCACCAGCAAUUACGACGUGGACAAGAAGUGGACUUACUGCCCCACGCCAGACUAUGACAAGCCCUGUGUCUUCCCCUUCAUCUACAAGAAGGUUAAAUUCCUCACCUGCACCAACCUGGCAGAGGCCAAGGGGAAGUUCUGGUGUUCCACCACAGACAACUAUGACCAGGACCAUAAGUGGAGCUACUGCCCUGCCUGAGACAGGUGACAGCUCCAGAGCUGGGAGGAGACAGAACGACGACAUUCAAUAUUAAAUGGAAGGAAUGAGCCCCGCUCUGGACACCUCUGCUCUCCCAAUAGAGAUUGCUUCUGAUGAACAGAUGCCAGUGGCAUAAUCACCCUUGAAUCCAAAUCCAAAUGUGCUCAUUUGUCUA